ACCAUCUAACAAAUUCUAUAACCCAAAAAUAAAAGAAACGUUUAGGAAAUUUUUGAUAAGUAUGUGGAAGCUUGUUUCUCCAAUCCGUUCCCGUGUUCUAGGUCUAGGGAAACAUCCAUUUAAUUCAAGUGCUGAUGAUAAGAUUGCUCAGGCAUUGGCUGAAGCCAAUGAUGCUGCAAAUAAGAAGCUAAGGGAGGAAACCCAGCAGCGUAACGAAGAAGCUGACGAUGCUAUGGAAGCUUCCCGAAGAAAGACUAAGGAGGAAAAAAGGUUGGAGAAUGAGAAGAGGAAGCAGGCAUUGAAGGAUGCGAAGGCUCUCAAGGAUCUAGCGUAUAAGACAAAGAUGGAAAAUAAGCUGAAGAACACACAACCAGAGAAGGAUCCGGCUGAGGAAAAGAAGAAGGAUCCGACUGAGGAAGAGGAGAAGGAUCCGGCUGAGGAAAAGAAGAAGGAUCCGACUGAGGAAGAGGAGAAGGAUCCGGCUGAGGAAAAGAAGAAGGAUCCGACUGAGGAAGAGGAGAAGGAUCCGACUGAGGAAAAGAAGAAAGAGCCGGCUGAGGAAAAGAAGAAGGAAGAAGAGAAGAUGAACGAGGAACUUCUCAAGUUUGCCUCUCUCUUUUGAUGAAGGGUUUCUCAUCUUUUUUUCCGUUUGUACGUAGUUUUGCAUUUUAGGCAUACCAGCUUUAGCAAAUGAUACUCUCUAAUCUUGCUAAAUUUGCAUUUUAGCUCAAGUUUGCAACUUUUCCAUUAAAAAAUGUCCUUUUUU